AUGAGAAAUGAUGAGAGUUCAACUUUAAUUCUCAAAGAUGAGAUAGCAAAUUAUCGAGAUAUCCCAUUCAUGCCGGUUGAUAUAGAAGAAUCUAAAGAGUAUAUCUAUGAUACCUCCCACUAUAUUCUUCGCCUCUAUGGGUAUCUUGUUAAUAGUCAAAAAGCAGUUGUAACUAUUACCGGUAUCAAGGUAUUUUUCGAUAUUUGUAUUCCUAACAAUAUGAGCAUUCCCAAAUUCUGGUCUAAAAUAAAAGGUAUCCUUGCAACUGGGAAAGAUGGUAGUGAAAACACUGUUAACAUGAAUCUAAUCCAGAUAGAAUAUAUAAAGGCAUAUCCUAUCCGUGGUUAUCAUGCAGAAAAAAAGUCAUAUCUCUGUAUUAUUACAUCCAAUAAAGAUCUAAGAUUCACUACUCUCGAUAUCAUCUUAAGCUAUAAUUCAAAGGUUGAUCUUGAAUGUAAAAUAGAGACAGCUUCAGACGAUAUAGGCACAUAUUAUCAUAAAGUUGCAAGAGAGUAUCGAAGACCACUUUCUGGGUGA